AUGUCUGCUUCAGUCACCGCCUCCACCUCCCUCCCUGACAACCCUCGCCCCAGUCGCCUGCGCCGUUUCAGCCAUUUACGAACUUACACUCUGAAUCUGUCGUCGUCCUUGCCCAGCGGUCAGCGCUCGUAUAUACACAGUUUGAGUAGUCGAAUUCCCUGGCGAUCCUCGAAUUCAUACUCCAUCUCUCCGACAGCAAACUCUACAGCUAUCCCAUGCCCUGAAGCUGAAGCUGACCACCCGCCUCUCUCUCGCUACACCUCUGCGCCCGCCCCGAGUUACGGUUUUGGUAUUGAACUGAAUAGCCAAGUAUCAUCCACCGACUCCGCCGUUUCUACGCCUUCCUCUUCUACACCUUCCAACGAGGUUCCCCGAACGCCCAACUCCAUGGCGCGCUUGAGGAGUGCUUCGGCCGUCCAUCGCCCGCCCCCUCGCACGUUAGAGCGCGCCACAACCAACUCUCAGGAGUCCACCCCGUCUCCUGAACCGGGCGCCGCUCAAGAGAAUGUGAUCGGACCCACCAGCGCCCCUGCAGAUGGGCAGGUGACCCCCUCAAAAUCGGAAACCAAGGCGACCAUUCGGUUUUUCCCCUACCAAGACUCCCUCCAGAGUUCGAGGCCUUCGCUACCUUUCAUCCCAGUCGCCCGAACCCUGCCAUCGGAGAGCUGUGUUAUUCGCGUCGGUCGGUACUCGGAGCGUGAUGGUGUACCUCACCCCAACCCGACCGAACCUUCGGAUGCCCCUGUGGGGUUUAAAUCAAAGGUCGUUAGCCGGAAACACUGCGAGUUCUUAUAUGUGAAUGGGCAGUGGCACAUCAAGGAUGUUGGUAGCUCUUCGGGAACAUUUUUGAACCACAUGCGCUUGAGUCAGCCAAACAUGGUGUCCCGUCUAUACUCCAUCAAAGAUGGCGAUAUUGUGCAGCUGGGUAUCGACUUCCGAGGAGGAGAAGAAAUGAUAUUCCGAUGCGUUCGGAUUCGGAUUGAAUGUAAUCGAUCGUGGCAGCAGCAGCCUAAUGAGUUCAACAAAAAUACAGAGAGCCUUAUUAAAAACCUGGGCAAGGGCGAGACGGCUGAUUAUUCAGGUUGUCGUGAAUGCUCGAUUUGCCUUGGCUCUGUCUUGCGGCCCUAUCAAUGUUUGUUCAUGGCAGCCUGCGCGCACGUCUGGCAUUACAAAUGCAUCAGUCGUCUACUCCACUCCCCUGAUUACCCAAUGUUCCAAUGCCCGAACUGCCGUGCAUUCACCGAUCUCAAUGCCGAGGUCGAUGACUCGAAUGACUCGGAGGAGAAACGAGAGAAGGAAUCGACAGAAGAUAGGACAUCCAACGACUCUGGGGAGCAGCUCGAAACGGAGGGGCCUUCAGUCGUCGAAACAAACAACAGCAUGGAAGGACCACCCGAACAACUUGGAGAUCUUGCUGAAGAAGAAAACCUAGUCAAUAAUGUUGAGAGCCUCCAUCUACAGGAUGACCAGCAUACCGAUGACACUCGAAGCUCAGCCUCGCCAGCUCCUAACUCGAGCACCGAUGACCUUGUCCGCAGCGCCACUAUCAACAUCCCCGGGUGGCAACCGACGCAGCCACUCAGUGUACCAUCUGGUCGCCAAUCACAAUUACGAACCGACACGCCGGUGCGCUCAGAAACAUCUGACGACAACCCAUUGACUCCACGAAAUGACUCGGGUCCUUUGGCUUUUGAUGGCCGAGCAGGGAUGCCGUAA